GAUGCGUAAAGGAAAGAAAGAAGUUUUCAUGUGUCAAGAAGCACUUUCAUUUACUCACUCACUCACACCACGUUCACACACGAUAAAGGAUGCCUUUGUUAGAUGCCUGUGCACACUCAUUCAAAGUAAAGGGAUUACCUGUGUAAUAGAGGGAAAUAUCUCUCGGAUGUCGUUUGGUCUGCAGUGACGCUGAAACAAUCAAUCAGACGGGCAGCUGUAGCAGUGACUCAGUAUCAUGGAGGCGAGCAGCAGGACUGCAGCAGCGACAAACGCCAGAGCUUCAACACCUCCGACAGACGCAAGCACUCAUGAUCCCAGUGAAGGGCCCCACCCAGAGGAGGAUGAGGGGGAGGAAGACAGGAGCUUGCAGCCAGCAGAGACUGCAGGCUGGGAGGACGCCAUUGCUGUUAUGGCACGAGGUGCGCCAACGGUCCCUGAACUGCCUGCCGAGUCUUCUCUACGCUCAUGUGUCAGUACGGCCAGCAUGAAGGUCAAGAACGUCAAAAAACUGUCCCUCACCAAACGCCAUUUUCCCAAGCUGGCAGAAUGUGCCCACUUUCAUUAUGAGAAUGUUGACUUUGGCUCCGUGCAGCUGUCUUUAACUGAUGAACAGAAUGACCUCACAAACAAUGGCCUGGACUCAAAAGAGUCGGUGUAUCUGAUCCAGAUCUGUUGCCAGGGUCGUAAGUGGACAGUGAGGCGUUCUUAUGAAGAGUUUCGUGUCCUUGACAAGCACCUGCACCUCUGUAUUUAUGAUAGAAGAUUCUCUCAGCUCCCUGAACUGCCCCGAAUAGACAGCCUGAAGGACAAAACUGGGACACUUUCCCAAAUGCUUACUGCGUAUAUUUCCCGUUUGUCAGCCAUCGCUGAUAAUAAGAUCAACUGUGGACCAGCACUCACAUGGAUGGAGAUUGAUAACAAAGGAAACCACCUGCUGGUUAAUGAUGAAUCCUCUAUUAAUGUUCCUGCUGUUGCUGCGGCUCACGUAAUAAAACGCUACAUUGCUCAAGCAGCAGAUGAACUCUCUUUUGAGGUUGGAGAUAUAGUGUCAGUGAUUGAUAUGCCUCCUAAAGAAGACACCGGCUGGUGGAGGGGCAAACAUGGUUUUCAAGUGGGAUUUUUUCCGUCUGAAUGUGUGGAAUUAAUUAGUGAGAAAAUCCCCUCCAACGUGACCAGCUCAUUGGCCAAACCAGUGUCUAAGAAGCAUGGCAAGCUGAUCACUUUUCUGCGCACGUUCAUGAAGUCCCGUCCCACCAAGCAGAAGCUAAAACAGAGAGGGAUCCUGAAGGAAAGAGUUUUCGGCUGUGACCUUGGAGAACAUUUGCUGAACUCAGGCCAUGAUGUUCCUCAGGUCAUCAGAAGCUGCACUGAGUUCAUUGAGAGACAUGGAGUUGUGGAUGGGAUUUACCGCUUGUCUGGAAUCUCCUCUAACAUUCAGAAACUGAGGCAUGAGUUUGACUCGGAACAUGUCCCAGAUCUCACUAAAGACACUUACGUCCAGGACAUCCAUUCAGUGGGAUCUCUGUGCAAACUUUACUUCCGGGAGCUUCCCAACCCUCUGCUGACCUACCAGCUUUAUGAGAAAUUUUCAGAUGCUGUAUCUGCAGCCACUGAUGACGAGAGGCUGGUCAAAGUCCAUGACGUGAUUCAGCAGCUGCCGCCGCCUCACUACAGGACUCUCGAGUUUCUCAUGAGACAUUUAUCUCGAAUGGGAACGUACAGCAAUGUGACCAAUAUGCACUGCAAAAACCUUGCCAUUGUUUGGGCUCCAAAUCUUCUCAGGUCUAAACAGAUCGAGUCAGCAUGUUUCAGUGGUACCUCUGCUUUCAUGGAAGUGCGGGUUCAGUCAGUGGUUGUGGAGUUCAUCCUUAAUCACGUCGAUGUUCUGUUCAGUCCCAAACUCAGCACUCUGAUCCGCCACAGCACAGGCCACACUACUUUAGCUCGACCUAAGUCUCUACUAGUGAGUUCUCCAUCUACCAAACUGCUUUCUCUGGAAGAAGCCCAGGCUCGAACUCAAGCCCAGCUGAACUCUCCUGUGUCACCUGAUAGCAAGUAUAUCGAUGUGGGAGAAGGGCCUGCCGCCCUGCAGGGCAAGUUCCACACGGUCAUAGACUUCCCAUCUGAAAGGAAGAAGGGCUCAACCAAAGGAAAGAAAUCUCCUGUGGGAAACUGGCUUUCCUUCUUUAAUAUGGGAAAGUCGUCAGCUUCAGCCAAGCCCAAACUGCACCGUCAUCCCAGCGAGCCCAAUGACAUGAAAACCACUCCUCUUCCAGGUGGAAGAGGAGACACUGGGACUCUACGUUCUGCUAAAAGUGAAGAAUCUCUGUCCUCUUCACAUAACUUUGAGGGUGGAUCAAAUAUUUACCGUCCACGUCGGCCGCUUUCCACCAGUGAUGCUUUAUCACUCUCCUUCAAUGAGGAGCUUCUAGACAGCAGACUGACUGGAGACUCUCGGUCCAGUCUCAAAGACCAUAGGAAAGACACUUCUUCUUCUUCUUGUGUGCCAGCUCUUAUAUCUCCACCCCAUCCUUCAGCAGACGCUGAGUUUAUAGGUAUAUCCUCCUUAGACAUAGACCCAUUGGCAUUUCAGUCAGCACGGUUGGUUGAGCAGGAAAAUAAGAAAAAAGGCAGUCGCAAGAAGGCAGGAGGCAAAAACCAUGAGUUAGAGCCUUCCAACAAAGUCACAAGUCCUUCACAACCUCCUGAUCUCAUUCCACUGCGUGCAGAAGAUUCAAAACACAGACCCUCUGAACUGCCACUCUCCUCAACUAAUCUAGAUGUAGGCUUCUCUAAGACCGGCCAAAUGGGCACCUCAAGGAGUUCAGUACCAAAAAGCAGUACUGUGUCCUGUCCUUCUGACAUUGUGUCCCUCAUGAAAAAGCCCAGCGUGUCUAUGAAAGCUGGAGAAGGCCAUCAGCGAUCUGCGAGCUUCUGCAAAACUGAAAGUAAAUCUGCAGAUGUAAAGCAGCACAGAAGAGCAGACUCAGGUGCAGUGACAUUUGAAUGCACGCCUGGUUUGGUGAGGUCUGUAUCUCUCAUAACUCCCCAGCCUGCAGUAAAAAGUGCUGCCCGUAUGUUAGCUCUAGCGCUAGCCGAAUCCGCCCAGCAGGCAACUCGACUCAGCAAACGUGGGAGCUCUGAACCUCCCACACCUAUUUCUCCAAUUCAUCAUAAAAACCCACUCUUCACACUCCAAUUUCCUCCUCCCGUACAAACGUCUUCUGAUAGAGAGGAGCGGUAUGCGUCUAACAGGGCUUUCCCGGAUCCAUCAAGCACUAUGUCUACUGAGAGUCACACUGAUGCCGGCAGCCUACGCAGCACCUGCGCCUGUCAUGGCAGUGAGAGCGGACUCAGCUUCUCUGAUGGUUGUGAUGCACCAGCUGGUGGCCAGUGCACCCAUGUGCCCUCUCAGGGUUUCUCUCCUCGCACAGAUCCAGAGAUUCAGCUGGUUCAAGAAACCCAAACAACUCUGAGAGAUAAUAUCCGUCAUGUUGGAGUUGGUACAGAUGGAGGUGGAUCAAGCCUUGAUGCUGAGAUGGAGGUACGUGGAAGUUUACAGACGACACUCUCUGAAAGAUACUCUUCCUUGGAUAGUCCUUCAGCCAUUGAUGCACUCCACAACAAGCAGGCUGCUAAUGCUGCUAACUUCCGAGCCAUAUUGGCGGAAACAGCCAUGCCUGCUUCAGUACAAGAAGUUCUUCCACAAGCAUCAAGUACUCCACCGAGUGUGUUGUAUCAGUACAAACCCAGAGAGCAAAGGUCUGCUUACUCCCAACACUCCCAACAAUGGUCAAGUUCGGAUGGGCAAAGCACAUCUUAUUAUCAGGUUGACGAUGGGCGUCCACAUCCUAGAGUUCUCUCAAGAAGCUACUGCAAUACCCUUGCUCCACGAUCCCUACAUCAGUCUAUUAAGUAUAAAGGUCAACGGGAAGACUACUCCUCAGUUGGUGUCUAUAGACAUGGAGGACCAAGGUAUCCACCGUUGGAUGGAGCCUCCGUCUACCCAACUAUCCGCAGGGUGCGCUCUAUGCACACUCCACCUGAGGACAAAUUUUUCUUCCUUCAACGGCAAGGAAGCCAAAGCAAACCUUACCAAAAUCCACCACCAUCAGACAUCCAGCAUGUGCGGCCUUACUUUGAAGAUGGGAAAGUUCGGUAUAGGUACAGCCCCUAUUCAGAGGCUCGCUACAAUCAAUACCGAGAGAACAGUGGGUACACUCUGUCUUACACACUCAACAAACUGCCUUCUCGCUCAUCAAAGGUGAUGGCCACUUCCGAAAACUACCACAAGCCUCUACGCAACCUCCCUUUGAACAAUGAGUCUGACUUCAUGACCAGAGAUGCUGGUUUUCUGCCAAGAAAGAAGAACCCUUCUUUCUAUGAGGCUUUUAAUUCUGGUUUAUCUGAUCGACAUUUCAGUCAGUCCAUUAGGCAGGAAAAUGCAGCCAAGGAAAGGCCGUUGGGUCCGGUUGUGGCCCAGCCCCAUCUUGUAAGAUGCGAUCGUCAAUGCCAAGAAACAAUGCACACCAGGAGCAGGUCAAACUCUGGGAAGGAGAUGCUGAUUUCAACUGAAGGGGCUGAUGGGAAAUACAGGGUCACGAUGGUAUCCCAUUACUCCCCAGAGCACCCACUUUCUGAGCCUGAUAUGCCUGUGCCCUCAAAGUCAGACAGGCAUGACAGCGGGCAGGGAGCCAAAUCGGCUCUUAUAAUGAAGCAGAGUCGGUCCAUGCACAACUAUCCUCAACACAGGCUUGAGUCCACAGCACUGCCACACAAUCUGACCCUGCAUAAGGAAUACAGCUGCCCUGACUUCAAACACACCGGGUCCAGCGAUAGCUUCGGUGUCACACACCGCAACCAGGACAGGCUUAUAUAUAAGACUCUCAGCAAUCCUAAAGAGGACUACCAGUACAUUCAGGCAAUGAGCAGAGAACCGCAGAGGUCUAAGAGAUCGCAGAGUGUAAAAAAUCGCAAUCCACCUGGUCAAGCCAAAAUGACUCUGGAGCGGGAUCACAGACUGCCUUUCUCCUCCCAUAGCAGGACAAGAACUCGUAGUAUGUAUGUGCCAUCUCGCUCAGACUAUUCUGAAAGCUAUGUUUCAGCACAUCCGAAAGUUCCUAAGAGUAGCCGAGCAAGUUCUGGUGUUUUCCCAAACUACGGCUGCAUGCCGCUUUAUAGUAACAGACUGUAUUCCACAGCUGUGGGCCACGCAGGAUUUCACCAGACAGAGCUCAGGCCUGAGAUGCAAAUUUAUGCUGAUUAAGAGAUUUCUAUAUUUAAAAAUAAAUAAAUAAAUAAAUAAAUACCAAAAUAAAUCAAUAAAUAAGAAAUAUAUGACCUCUGCAGGGCAGUGGUUUUCUAUUGUUAAUCCGAUAAAAAAAUAAUAUUUAAAAGAUUUAAAAUGUUUUAAUUGUUCACUAAAUGGUGUCUUUCACUGCAUACAUACAGUUUCAAAUGACUUAAGCUAACACUGCGUAUUUAGGAUAUCACUUAAAUUAUGGUAAUGGGUUACCGUGGCUUUAUUGCUACUUUGAUUUAUUAAAGUGUGUUGUGUAAAAUUUGUCAUUUUGUUACUGUAAUAGAGGUCACAGGUUUCAAAGUGAAUACAAAUAUGAUCUUUAAUAAAAGAGAAAAUGGUUUAUACAGUAGGAGCCACUGCCUUGUGUUUCUGGGUGAGUGUAGUUUUUUUAUGUAUGGCCAUGACUGUGGAAUAAAACAGUUAUAUAUGUCAAAGACAUCAGCAUAUACUCUAUGGUCUGACUUAAACUAUGAAAGGUCAUAGUCUCAGCCACUUCCCCCAGACAUUAUCCCCUAUGCAUUUUAUAAUCAUGCACUUUAUAGUUGGUCUGUGUUUUAUGUAACAACAGGCACUUUAGACAUGACCACAUUUUUUUUAUUUCUUUGUGUUCGAUUUAAAGAUGUGGGGGAGCACUCAUCUAAACCGUUAGUUCAAUUAAGUGGUAAUCAUUACAUGAUUACAUAAGGAAUAAAGUGUUCAUCAAAAUGUACUGUUCUCUUUUUUCAGUUGAUUUAUAAGACAAUUGUUAUGUGUUCACGUUGCUUUACUCCUAUUAAAGUUAGUUUGUUCAAAAUCAUGA